CAAUCACCAUAUCAUUCCCAAAUUUCCAUCACCAUUUUUCUGCUCUUCGCCACCCUUCAUCACCGAUCUCACCACUCCAAACCUUUCUCUUCCAUUUUCCAACUCCCUAAGCCGCAGACCAUUGCCCCCACCUCACAACAGCUAUGCAUCAUCUUCAACAGCUCAUGGGUCUGUCCUUUCUUCUAGAAAUCGCUGGUCUUCUCAAUUUCUUACUGUCUUCUGGAGCUUGGGUCUCCAUUUCUAGGAAGAGCCGCAGCCUCUCACUAGUAAAUUGGUACUAAAACCAAAGACGUGGGAAAACUGAGGGGAGUGACGAGUUAGAAGGCUAGCCAUUUGUGUUUCAGGCUUAGAUUAUCUUGGAGUUAGAUUAGCCACAUAUAUUUGGACUUAGCUUAUUUUGUAAUUAGGUUUGCAGUAUAAAUUUUAUUUUCAAAUUUUUGCAAAAUUGUUCCAUGGAUUGUAGUUAUGAAUUCAAUAAGCUUUAAGCCUUGUGCAUUUAUGGAAUCCUCUCACAAGUGUACGGUGUCUGUUUUGUCUUUGGAUUUGAGUUCUAGGGCAUGACAGAUAUGCUGAUGCUGAUGCUUGCUUUUGUGGGUUUAAGAAGGACAAAAACCCGACACGGACUCUUCAGGACAGAUGCAGGAAAAGUGUCGGCACCUUGUUGAGGGUGUUGACACCUUGCAGCUCCUCGUGUUUGAUUUCUACACUGUGCUCGACCUCGGCAGCAAGUGUGAGCUCUGCAGCUCAUGCUCAAGUUCUGCACUUCGUUCUCGGCCUUUGGAUCUCGUGCUUCAGCAUCCCGCACCUCGGACUUCUGCAUUUGAGCUCUGCAGCUUGUGGUUGAAUUCUGCACUUCGCUCUCGGCCUUUGCAGCUCGUGCUUCAGCAUCUCGCACUUCGUUCUCGGCCUUUGGAGCUCGUGCUUCAGCAUCCCGCACCUCGGACUUCUGCAUUUGAGCUCUGCAGCUCAUGGUUGAGUUCUGCACUUCGCUCUCGGCCUUUGCAGUUCGUGCUUCAGCAUCCCGCACCUCGGACUUCUGCAUUUGAGCUCUGCAGCUCCUGGUUGAGUUCUGCACUUCGUUCUCGGCCCUUGCAGUUCGUGCUCCAGCAUCUCGCACUUCGUUCUCGGCCUUUGGAGCUCGUGCUUCAGCAUUUCGCAGCUCGUGCUCAAGCAAGAUGCUUGCAGCUCCUCAUUGUCGAGCUUGUGUAAUGGAGGCCAGCCGUAGUCUGCUCGGCCAUAGCUGCUUAGUCUUCUUCUGUUAGUGGAACCAUAGGCUCUUGUUUCCUAGCAGCUGAUUGGAUUCUUACUUAAGUGACAACAUUGCUAAGGUUUCUUCCCGAAUUGCCCGAGAGUACUUACUUUCUAGCCAGCUACGUACCUGUUUAUCUUCUUGUGAAAGCUUCUCUUCUUUACAAGCGAAUAAACCCAUUUUGUAAAU